UGAGCACAUAGAACAAAAGAUUUGGGGCUAAAGUAAAAUUUUUGAAACUGCUUUCUUCUCCAUCGUUUCUCGGCCCAAAAAGCCCCAUCCCCACCAAGGCACCAACGUCCAUCGCAGCCACUAUUCUACCCAAUUCCACGCGGCGCCAGAGUCGGAGACGGCACAAUUCCGGGCAGUAGUCAUCCAAUCACGCGACUCUUUCCCUCUCUCCUUUUCUCUCUUCCUUCCUCUGUCCGGUGAGUUGCAGAAAAGAAAAGAGAGGGUUACUUUCCUUAACAACUGAUCCGAUUCUGUCAUUUUACUUGACGAUAUGCGUGUUGAUCCAUCUAGGCUUGUUUCUCCUCCGUUUCCGCGCGUUUUUGUGUGGAAGCUGGUUAUCUCUUAUUCUAGGCAAAAUAUGCGAACACUUCCCUUAGCAAUUUCACUUACUUUCUUUCCUUAGUAGUUUGCAUAUUUGCCAAACAUAGAAAACUCAUUCCUGAGGAAUUUUUUCCCCUUUUCAGUUUCCUGGAGCCGAAAAGGGUAUGAGUAAUUUCGAAUCUCUACUUUCCCUGCUCUUUAUCAAGGGGUUUUGGGUUCUGGGGUUUUGGUUUUGGCAGCUUCAUCAACCUAAAAAUCAAAUUAAUGAUGGAAGGCAACAAUAUAAGAUGGCACCAGGAUGAUAAAAGGGAGGAAGAGGUGGAGGAAGAAGAGUAUGUAUUGAUAAAUCUGGAUGCUGUGACGGACCUUGUUAACAUUCCUCCCAAUGCUCCCUAUGUUCUCUCUGGUUUAGACACACUAAAUCCAACUUUGAUCAUCGAUGAGAAAUUUAGACUGAUAGGUGAAUAUGAAGAAACAAUUGGGACGUGCCUUGUUUUUAGCGAAUGUGAUGCUGCUCCUGAGCUCCAUCAAGAAACAGGCCCAUCUGAAGCCAACCUUUUCACCGGAAGAUGUAUAGUAGACAACAAGCGUGCCCCCACUAAGCAAGUCAAGCCAAUAACACAACUUCACAAGAUUCUAAAGUUCAGAUUGGCGCAAGAAGCAGACAUUGGAGAUUCUACAGCCAAGCAGACGAAUAUUGUCAAUAACGAGAAUUCAAACCUCAAAGUCUGAUGUUUUGUAGUUUGUGGUAGCAUAUUUUAGCAGUAGGUGAUUUCUUGCUAGGCAGCGUGGAUCGGCGCGUGCGUGUUACUUCUGGACUGUAGCCGGCAUAAUUCUUCGGUUGAUUUGUUUAACUGUAUACGGGGAUACGCGGCCGGUUAACCAUACCUUCGUCCUCAAAAGCGAUAAACGUUAUGGAAACUUAAAAAGAGUUAGUUUCCUGCCUCUCCUUGGAUCUUUAUUUUAGCUGAUAAGGAAGUGUAUAAUUCUUAACAACCUAGUAAUAGCGACAGGUAGUAUGUGUAGCACAUGGAUGUGUGGACGCAUGCAUGCUUACUUGCAGUUGUGAUUCAUAAAUACAUUAAAUAACUUGUUUAACGUUACUAUUUCGGACCAGGAGUGACAAUGCAUCGUUUUUUGGCUA